GUAAUGACAAAACCGAAAUGAACCAAUAUGCCUCUCUCCUACGCACCAAAUCCGGUAACCAUGGCUUCUCACUAAUGAAGAUUCUUUCAUCAAUUUGAGGAGAAGAUGCAACUUCUCUGAAUCACACUACAUCGCAUCCUUAAGUCAAUGCCGUAAAUGGGAAGCCAAAGGGGUAAGAGUGGAGCGUAUUUUGCCAGAAGCAUCGAUCAGCUGUUGAUAGUUAAGGAGUUAAAAACAGAUGAGUUCGACUAUUUUUCAACAACGCUAGGAGCCAAAUACUUUGAGUACUUCAACUCAAACAAGAAAACUCUUUUAGCCAAAAUAUUCGGAAUCUAUCAGGUGACGACUAGAAAUGGACCAAUGUUUGUGAUGGUCAUGGAGAAUUUGAAUUUCAACCUGAAACUUGUAGCGCAAUACGAUCUAAAAGGAAGCACAAAGGGUCGCUUAGCUCCUAGCACAGCGGAAGUGUUACUCGAUGAAGACUUCAGCAACAUCAUGAAGUUUUGGCCGUAUGAAAUCAGCCCUAACUCUAAAACGAGCUUUGAAGUAGCUCUGCGGAAUGACACCGAGUUUCUCAGUAGCGUACGAGUCAUGGAUUACUCGCUCUUCAUUGGCGUUGAUCAAUUUAGCCAUGAGUUGAUCUGUGUGAUUGAUCCAGAGAGCUAUAAGCGAAGGUUUAUGGAAUUCAUGCAAAAGGAGUUUCAGUUGGAUGGCAAGUGA